AUGCGGAUGGGUCCAUUCGCUUGCCCAGGAAGUUCCGGGCGCUGGCUUGGGGUCCCUGCACUCUGUUCUUUGCUUGCUGGGUACGGUCCUGGCCCAUCACUGCAGCAUUGCUGCCCUGCCUGCGGCCCUCACGCCUGGAGCGCGCGACAAAGCUGGCAUAUAGGCUGA